AUGGCCACCGCUCAUGCCCUUUCCCCAGGCCGCCACCAAUUCUUCUCUCCCCUAAAAAACCUCACCUUCGAAUACAUCGUCCACGGCCCCUCUUCCCCCUCUCCUUCCCCCUCCUCCCUAAUCACCAUCCAAUGUCCCGCCUGGGGCCUCGGAUCGCAAUACCUCCAGCACGGUCUGCGCCCAUUAUACACAACCCACAAACGCAUCUGUCUCUUCUUCCACCCCCGCGGAACAGGCCACAGCACGCGGCCCGCACACCCGCACGAAAUGACCAGCAUGCCGCAUCUCGCCUCCGACCUCGAAGAUCUGCGUCUCCACCUAGGACUUGACAGCUUCCCAGCACUCCUGGGCCACUCGAACGGCGGCGCGAUCGCCCUCGGCUACGCGGAGAUGUACCCGUGCCGGGUGCAGCAGCUCGUCCUGCUGAAUCACCAGCUGAUCGGGUUCGAGGACCGCGCGGAUCUGGAGGCCGUGGCGCGGCGCGACGAGCGGUACCGCGGGGCGCUGGAGACGGCGCGGCGGGAGUACGCGUCGCGCAAUAGCGAUGAGGAGUUUGCGCGGUCGGUGGAUGCGCUGUGGCCGGUGUACUUUUAUGAUCCGGGGCGGUAUGUGGGGGAGUUGCGUGCGGCGAUUGGGCCUGUGGCGCGUUCGCGCCUGUCGCUGUGGUGCUAUCGCGGGGUGUAUGGGAGUGAUGCGAGGCUUGAGCGGCCACAGCAGAUGGUGGAGGGGUUGGGUGCGGUGCGCGCGAAGACGCUUAUGAUCUUUGGGGCGGAUGAUCUGAUCUGUGGAGUGCGGAUCGCUGAGCGCACGAGGCUGGGUAUCUCCGACGCGCGAGUCCUCGUGUAUGAUCGCUGCGGUCAUUUUCCGUGGAUUGAGCAGAAGGACAGGACUAUGCACGAUAUCGUUGCAUUCGUGGAAGAGCCUACAACCAGUCAUCCAUGGUGA